GAACAUGGCUGCUAUCUCGUUGAAGUUGAACAGUCAGACAGUAAGAACUAUAUUAAGCUCAGCCGUGGCCAACCCUCUUACCAUCACAUUUAACCUUUACAAAUCUCUUGGUUAUAGUGAAUGUGACCUAAUACCUGUGAGUGGUCUAAUUGCUCCACAAAUGGCCAACAGCGUGAUGCCCAUGAUGGGUUUGAGUGAGAAACCGAUUAUCCUGCGUCUGGGCUAUCCUGGUCGAAAAAAGACGGUCAAAAUACAGCCGUAUGUUGUAAAAGAUUCCGCACUUGACAGUGUCAUUGGAGUGCAGCUCAUAAGUGAAUUUAACUUUGGAGAAAAUUCGGCGACCGUAUGCGGCAUUAAGACUCCAUUAUUACCAAUAGAGAAGUCGAACCACUGUGUCCUGCCUGGUUUUGAGGUGGUGAAAUCUAAAAAUAUCUAUUCGAGAGAUGAUGAAGGAUAUGUCAUCGUGAAUGUAGAUGGAGCUUGCUUAGGCAAUGGACAGGAAAACGCAAAAGCUGGAGUUGGUGUAUUUUGGACAGACAACCACCCAAUGAAUGUAAGCAGGCCAGCAUCUAAGGCCACCAACAAUAUUGCAGAAAUCGAGUCAAUGUCGAUUGCAAUCAAAGCUGCAUAUAAUGAUGAAAUAUCUAAACUACAAAUACGAAGCGAUUCUAAAUAUGUUAUAAAUUGCUUGACCAACUGGAUUCCAAAUAUUUGGAUCAAUAAUGGCUGGAGAGAUGUCCGGGGGAACCAAGUUAAGAAUCGAGGUCUACUCGAGGAGUUGUACGAACUGUACAAUAACAGAUUAGAGGACAUUAAGCUCAAAUUUGUCAAGGGCCACAGUUCGGACUACGGAAACAACAUGGCCGACAAACUAGCUAAGGAUGGCGCCAAGCGAUUUUGCAACAUUUGAGCUCAAAUAAACUGGCUCAAAAGUAGUGGUCACUUCGGUUUACAGCUGAUUUGCUAAAUGUUCUAUUUAGCUGAAAACAGGGAAUUGUAAAGAUUAACUUGAAGGCAAAAAAUUGAUCUAUAUCUUGAACAGUGAUAAUUUAUAAAUUUCCAAGAAAAUUUUUUCUGUUUCAGAAGUGCAAUUGAAAAUUUGUGUUGCAAUAAUAGCUUUAUUUUA